AUGGAACUCAAAAACCUCUCAAGCAAUUGGCGAAAACUUCAAGAAACACUGAAAAUCGACAGCCCCUCCACUGCCCAAAAACGCAAAGCAGAUAAUAUUGCUACAACCAGUUACGAAGUAAAGAAAAAGAAAUUACCGCUAUCGUUACCACCAGAGACCCAUAGGAAAGGCGGGAGGGGUGAAAAGUUUUCCAAAAGACCCUCGCAACGGAAUAUAUCCACAACCUCAAUAGUGCAGGCAAAACCGAAGCCUUCUAGCGAAGCGAAGGUUAAUGAAGGGAUAUCUCCAACCGCGGAGGUCGGGAGAUAUGUCGCUCUUGACUGUGAAAUGGUGGGCGUGGGCCCGAAUCCCGAUCGCGACUCGGCUUUAGCUCGUGUGAGUAUCGUCAACUACAACGGUGAACAAGUCUACGAUUCGUUUGUGCUUCCGAAGGAGAAAGUGACGGACUGGCGAACACAUGUUAGCGGGGUGUCACCAAAACACAUGACAGAUGCCAGAGAGUUUGAAGUAGUCCAAAGAGAUGUCGCAGGUAUUCUGGAUGGCUGCAUUUUGGUAGGGCAUGCGGUCCGGAACGAUUUAGAUGCUUUGCUCCUCAGUCAUCCGAAGCAUGAUAUACGGGAUACCAGUAAACAUCCUCCGUACCGAAAAAUUGCUGGCGGCGGCUCACCGCGUCUGAAGAUACUGGCUUCUGAGCUAUUAGGGUUAGAAAUACAGGGCGCUGCUCAUUCAAGUAUAGAGGACGCGCAGGCAACGAUGCUUCUUUUCCGACGAGACAAACAAGCUUUUGAGCGGGAGCAUGCGAAGAAAUGGCCACCUAUACGUGCACCUGCUGGUGGCAAUGCUAAUAACGCAGACACCAGGAGGAAGAAAAAGAGAAACGCCAAGAAGGGAAAGGGGAAUAAAUAG